GCAACAGGUCACUUGGGUCCAGGGAAGGAUGCAAAGGGCAGGAGGUACCAACGGAGGGAAGGAAAGAUGUCACGCUUCACGGAGCUUUUCUAAUGACAGCCGGUGAGUGCUGGUUUUAGAGCUUUUUUCCUCCCCUGACGCUUCUGACUUCUGCAUGCCUUAUUUUUGGGUGUGGGCACAGGAAAUGGCUCUGAGGAGCUGCGGAGCAAGGCCUCCCCCUCUGGCACCGCCUGGGAGCGCCCCAUGGGAUGCGGGGCGGACGGGGCAGUCAGGCAAAGGUUAGGGGAGGAAAGCAAAGGCAGGGGCCCAGAACGGCUCCAGGAAAUGUUUGUAUUUCUCCACCCGGAGGGAGGACAAACAAGCUUUUCUCGUGCCUUCUGGGCGGCCCUGCAUGCUCUCCAGCACAGGAGUCUGAAGAGCAGAGUGAGGCUGCAGAGAAAACUCACCGCGGGGCCGGCGCCGCAGCAUGAAUCCUUCUGGACCUGCCCACCGCUUCCCAGAAGUGACCGCCUGCGCCUCAAAGCCUCGCGGUGCCACCCGCUUCUCCCGGCCUGGGACAGCCAGAGACGAACGGACCUCCCCGAGCCUCUCCUUUCCCGGCUGACGUUCCUGGCCUCCUGGCGGCGGCCGCAUCCACCCGCACCUGCAGUCCGCGUCCGCCCGCAUCCCGGGGUGAAGAAGGUAGAAAACCAGCAGCCCGGUGAGAGGUAGCGUUCCGAUCGGCACCUGUCUUUGUGGGGACUCCCGGGGCCGCCCAGCACGCAGAACCCCUGUCCUCCGUCCACCAUGGACAACGGGUCGUGCUGCCUCAUCGAGGGGGACCCCAUCGCUCAGGUGAUGCCCCCGCUGCUGAUCGUGGCCUUCGUGCUUGGCGCCCUGGGCAACGGCGUCGCCCUGUGCGGUUUCUGCUUCUGCAUGAAGACCUGGAAGCCGAGCACCAUUUACCUUUUCAACCUGGCCGUGGCCGACUUCCUUCUCAUGAUCUGCCUGCCCUUCCGGACGGACUACUACUGGAGACAGAGGCAGUGGGCCUUUGAGGACAUUCCCUGUCGGGUGGCCCUCUUCAUGCUGGCCAUGAACAGGGCCGGGAGCAUCGUCUUCCUCACGGUGGUGGCGGUGGACAGGUACUUCAAGGUGGUCCACCCCCACCACCUGGUGAACGCCAUCUCCAACCGGGCUGCCGCCGGCAUCGUGUCUGCCCUUUGGACCGUUGUCAUCCUGGGGACCCUCUACCUUUUGAUGGAGAACCAUCUGUGUGUGCACGAAGACACCAUAUCUUGCGAGAGCUUCAUCAUGGAGUCGGCCAACGGCUGGCACGACAUCAUGUUCCAGCUGGAGUUCUUCCUGCCCCUCGGUGUCAUCCUGUUUUGCUCCUGCAAGAUUAUUUGGAGCCUGAAGCAGAGGCAGCAGCUGGCCAGGCAGACUCGGAUGAAGAAGGCCAUCCGGUUCAUCAUGGUGGUGGCGGUUGUGUUCGUCACGUGCUAUCUGCCCAGCGUGUCGGCCAGGCUGUAUUUCCUCUGGACGGUGCCCUCGAGUGCCUGUGACCCCUCCGUCCACGUAGCCCUGCACGUGACCCUCAGCUUCACCUACAUGAACAGCAUGCUGGACCCGCUGGUGUAUUAUUUUUCGAGUCCCUCGUUCCCCAAAUUCUACACCAAGCUCAAAAUGCGCAGUUUGAGACCUAAGAAUCCGGGACGCUCCAAGACCCGGAGGUCAGAAGAGAUGCCAGUUUCCAACCUGUGUCGCAAGAGUUGUGCCAGUGUGGCAAACAGUUUCCAGAGCCAAUCCGACGUGCAGUGGGAUCUCCAAAUGUGUUGAAUGGCAGUGAAACAGACAGACAGACAAUGCCAAGGAGGACAGACAGACCGGCGACUUAGGAUGUUUCAUGCUAAGGGGUGAGAGUCUAUUGAAAAGGCCACCCUUUCUUAACUGGAUCCUCACUCUGUUGGAAAUGAAAUUCAGGUUACUAUGCCUUUUUGGAAGGUUGUGGUUGACAAGUGAGUCACUUGCCUUUCUAUGCCCCGAUUGCAAUGACGGGACAAUAUGUGCGUGGAGAAGGGCACGUGUGUGUUAAAAAGGAGGGACGUUAAUUAAGAAGAGCUCGACCCCUGUGUAGUUUUAAUCGGCUGGGUGAACAGGCACCGAUGUUUGAAGGAGUCACGUUCCCUGUCUGGGGGAGGUCGUGAACUUCAUGACUUGGCAGUAUUUGCUAUCCUCUCUUAAGUCAUCGUUUUAGAAACUAGAAACCUGAGUGAGUCAAUACCUUUAUUUCGGGCUGAGUGACAUCUUUAUGGGGACGUCCAGAUCCUGACGAUUUUCAUCUCCACAGGGUGCCUGGGUAUGUUUCUGAUUUCUCAGUAGCCCAAGAAGAAGGACAGCAAAACAGUCUGCUCUGACCUUCUUGAAGUUCCACAUGUUUCCGCAAGUCGUUGCAUUUCAAAGAAGAUGCUGAGGGAUAGGUUUGCCUCCCCUGAUCUUUCCAGUGGGAGCUGAGUGCGUGAAAAAACUCGGUUGGCCUUUGGGAUGGGCUGCGUGCAAUGUGAUCGCUUUUGACUGCUUGUUAUGUGACUGUGAGUUGAAAUCAUUUAUUCAUUCCUUCUGCAAGUACUUACUGAAUUCAUAUUUUGUGCAAGGCACUGUGCUACUAUCCCUUUUACCUGGAGGGUCAUUAGUCAAUUCCUGUGUGACACCAAAGUAUUUUGGUGGGGUUGGGGGUGGGGAGCAAACAGAGAGGUUAAUACCCUCACCCUCUCACUGAAUAUAGUUUCUAGACCUGUUCUGUGCAAACAUCAAUGUAUUCCUCCUAUUGCGGGAUUCUGAACAAACACUGAAGGGUGGAAAGGGUGAUGUCCCUUAUGUACAUGAAUUUCCCACAUAUGUACCUGGAGCCCUCAAAACUAGAUGGUUCUGCGGAAUGACCGACUGUCCUUGCUCUGGAUUAGGGGGAAAGAUUCAAAGCCAACCUUAACUCUGUUCUCAAGCCACAAAGUGGUGAAAGUCAUUCUUGGCUCUUUUAUUUACACUUUCUCAAAUGUUCAGGGUGCUCUCUGCACUAGAUGACCUUUCCAGCUUUUCGUUCUCUGGCCUCGAAACACUCCUAUCAGCUGUCUUUAUUAUUUCCUUCUGCAGAGACACUGCACAGCUCAGUGCCGAAAAGUAAGGGCUCUGGAAAGUCAGAUGAACCUUAAAUUGGAAUCCUAGCUCAACCACUCACUAGAUUUUGUUCGCUGUUAUAUCCCCAGUGCUCAGGAGACUGGCUGCACAUAGUAGGUGCUUAAUAAAUAUUUGAAUGAAUAAGUGCCUGUGAAGCAUUAAACAGUGUUUGGCAGGGAGUACUCAAUAUUGUGACUUACGACAUUAACACAUUUUACGCACCAAGAUAUUGAGGCGCAAAAGCAAUUUCCCACGGGGUUCAGAACUCCUAAGUUGCUGUAUUGUCACUACCUGAAUUCCCGCCCCCGCCCUCCCCAGCUGCCUGGCAGAGGGUGGGUGGGGGGGGGGAGUGAAAACAGGAUUCUUACCAUCUUCAGAGAACCUUACAUCCUCCUGAAAGAAAUCUGGGAAAGCCCACACUUCUGCUUUCCAUUCUAACCCUACUUAGAAUUCUUCCCUGGACUGCCCCUUUGUUGCUUCCUCUCCAUAAAAACGGUUCCAAAAGAAAGUCCGCAUCCUGGGUGUGAGCCUAUAUUAGUUAAAAGACUCGUAAGACUUUACCCUCCCAGGAAAAAAGCCUAAACAAUCCAGAAGUUCACGGUAGGCAGAGGUUUUCACUAAAAAAGCAGCAAUAACACACAAAAAGAAAGGAAAAUGAAAAAACCCAAACACAGUCUCGACUCGGAUUUUACUGCCCUUUUUAAAUUCACAGAAUGUGAUGAAAAAGAAAUCUUAUCAGGUGUUCUUCAGAAAUUGUGAGGAAGAGGAGUAUAGCUUUGUUUGAGUAAACACAGGACCCUUUUGAGCUCAUCCAUGAAGCUGGGGCCCUAAAUUUUAUAUAUGCAUUUAUAAACAUAUACACAGGUUGACAUGGAGUAGAACAGACAGUUGGGCUCACGCAUGGACCUAACUAUACUCACCUUCCAGUGAUGAUACGGUAGGAGUGGGAAGGAGUUAAUAUUUUGUCCCUUGUAAAGAUUCACUCAUUCAUUCACUCACUCACUCAUUCAUUCCCUUUCAAGGAACAUUUUUUAGGCACUGGCUCCGGACGAGGCACAGUAGAAACACGAAUGGAAAACAUAGCCCCUGCCCCUGUGGGUUCUAUUGUAGAAUCCAGGGGAAAGAAUCAAACAACCAUUUGGGGGUAACCGUGUGAAAGUGGUAAGCACAAGGCCCUGCGGCAGAGCCCAGGGGCCUUCAUCCUGGCCAUGGGGGUUGGAGAGGGCUUCUCAGAGAAAAUCACUCUGAACUUAGCCCUGAAGGAUGCAAAAGAGGCAGGCAGGUGACUCAGUGGGAAAAGGUAUCCCAGCGAGAGGGGCAUGGUGAGGAAGCAGCUUGUUAGGGAGCUUCGGAAAGGUCCACAGGACCGGAAUGAAAGGUCCUGGGGGUGGGGAGAGGGACUGCAGCCCCUUGGGAGAGAUCAAGCCAUGAGAUCCACUGCGGAGAGAGAGAAAGAAGGUCUGUUCAUAACUCUGCUUUUUUUUUUUUUUAAGUUUAUUUAUUCAUCUAAGAGAGAGAGAGAGAGAGAAAGAACGGGAGAGCACGAGCCGGGGAAGGGCAGGGAGAGAGAGAGGGGGAGAGAGAGAGAGAGAGAGAGAGAGAGAGAGAGAGAGAGAGAGAGAGAAUCCCAAGCAGACUCCACAAUGACAGCAAAAAGCCCCACAUGGAGUUCGAAUUCAUUAACACGAACCGAGAGAUCAUGACCUGAGUGGAAACCAAGAGUCGGACGCUUAACCAAUGGAGUCACCCAGGAGCCCCCAUUCACAACUUUUCCUGAUGGAAUAUUCUUGAAUAGCCUCUCAGAGUCUUUUCUUUUAAAAAAAAAAAAAAGAAUUAAAAUCUCUGUAAUUAUUGAAAGUACAUAUGUUUUUGUUCAAAAUUCAAAACAAAUAUAUCAAGUGAGAAAUAAAAGUCUUCCUUCUGUUGUCCCCCUUAA